AUGGCCGCCGGCACAAAGCGCAAGCACCAAGACGCCGCCGUCGCCGCGCCGUCCGGCCCGUCACCCAGCAAAGCCCUCAAGACAUCACCAACACAACGCCCCUCAACGUCGACUUCACCGUCGGCGCCUCGACUCUCCAAGCGCAAGGCCGCGCCACCCCCAAUCCCCCCGUCACCUCCGUCGACCGCGGCCACACCAGAGCCCGUGCAGCCGUCGUCAGCAGCCGCCGGCACCGGCACCGGCGCGGGGACGACACUGGAGCAGCAGCAGCAGCAGAUGCAGCCGCAACUCGCCCUCAUCGCCGCCUCCUCGCGCACCCCCUUCGAGAAGCGCGUCUGGGCCGCCCUCUGCGGCAUCCCCCGCGGCCGCGUCACGACCUACGGCCACCUAUCCGCACACCUGGGCUCGUCGCCCCGCGCCGUCGGCAACGCCCUUCGCCGCAACCCCUUCGCCCCCGCGGUGCCCUGUCACCGCGUCGUCGCCACCGGCAUGUCCCUCGGCGGCUUCAAGGGCAAGUGGCCGCGCGACGGCGAGGGCAUCACCCUCGACGAGAAGAGGCGCCUGCUUCGCGCCGAGGGCAUCCGCUUCGACGACAAGGGCCGCGUCCUCGGCACGCCCUGGGUCGGAUGGGACUGA